AUGAGCACGGAGCGCGAAUGCCCCAGCGAUCCGCUCAGCGCCGACGGCAGCGCGCGCGCCGUCUCGGGGGAAGCGGAGGGCGCUGACGUCUUCCGCGUGGUGAUUGUCGGCGCGGGGCCGGCGGGCCUGGCGUUGGCGAAUUACCUGCUGGCACGUGGCGGCGGCAGGUUCCACGUCAGCGUGAUUGAGAAGGGCGUGGAUCCGCGCGCGGAGGUCGAAGAGGCGGCGGAGAUCGCGCGCCGGUACGCCAUGGGGCUGAGCAUUCGCGGGAUGCACUGCCUGAUGGCCAUUCCUGGGGUUAUGGACAAGGUGCAGCCAGUGCUGGUGAAUCCUCACGAGAUGGUCAUGCCUGCCUUCGGCCGCCUCAUCAGAUUCUCAGUGCCCAAGGACCCCCCUCAAGGCCUCGUCUCUCGCACGGACCUGUGUGCUUCUCUGCUUGACGCUCUUAUCGAUAGAGCCACUAAAGGGGACAAACCUGCGACCGCAGGUGAAGGAAUUUCUGAUGAGGAUAGGGAGAAGGCUUGUGCUGAGGAACAGAAGCACCUGAAGAAACACCUGAGCAAGCACCUGGCAGUGUAUUUUGAGUCAAGGAUUUUGGAUGUGGAUAUGAAGGGCCACGUGGUCACUGCUUCUGUGCCUUGCAGCAGUGGCAGUGGCAGUGGAGACAGCAGCAACAGUGGCAGCAGUAGCAGCAACGGCAGCACCAGCAGCAGCAGUGCAGGUUCUAGCAGUGGUGGGAGCAGCAGUGGUGGGAGCAGCAGUGGAGGGAGCAGCAACGGUGGGAGCAGCAACGGUAGUGACAGCAGCAGUGCGGGAGGUGGCACUGGUUUGAAAAACGUUGAGAUCAAAUAUGACCUUCUGGUGGGUGCGGAUGGGGUGCGCUCGUAUGUGCGCAACCUGCUAGCAGCACGCACCUGGGACUUCCCCGUCCACACGGACCGAGUGUAUCACGACUGGACAGUCGUCAACAUGCCCGUGCCACCCUCCCUCACGCCCUCCUCACUCUUCUUUGCUGCCAAGGUCCCCAACACGAAAAACAUCGGUGCGGUGGCAAUACCGCAGGUGGGCGGCGAGAUGUGUCUGGUGUGGGGGUGGAAGUCCACCGACCCGCCCCUGGACUGGCUCUCCCUCGCCUCCCCGGCUGCUGCCAAGCACUACCUCGAUGAGAGAUUGCCCUGGCUGGACGUCCCUGAGGAAGCUGCCUGGAAGCUGCUGAAGCAGAAGCCAAGGACGAGCAUGCAGGUGAAGUGCUGGCGCUACCAUGACAGUGACGCCCAGGUGGCUCUGAUAGGCGAUGCAGCGCACUCCACGCUGCCCUCUCUAGGCCAGGGCUGCAACGCCUCCAUCACAGACGCGCUCGUGCUGGGCAGGCUGCUGCUGGGGGAGGCUGUAUCUGAGAACGAUAGGGUCCCCCGCCCCCUGGGCAAGGACGGCGCUGCUGCUGCUGGUUGUGGGGAUGGAGGGGCAAGUAUAGAUUUACCAGAGGUUGAGGAGUUGAGGGCAGGCCUCGCAGGCACUCUCUCCCGUUAUUCCGCUCUCCAGAAAUCAUUGGCACGAUGUCUCUUCCUCUGUGCGCAUAUCCACCACCACCACCCGCUGCCCGCCGUUUGCCAACUCCCUCCUCCUCCCCCCAAAUCCCCUCCUCCUCCCUCUCCACUCACGCUCCCUCCCCCCACUCACGCCCCCUCUCCCACUUCCGUCCCACCCGCCUCCCAAAUCGUCCCCAAUCCCCUACCUGCUGAGACAGCAGCAGCUGGUGCAGCUGAUUCACGUCCAUCUCAAGCACCUGGCGGAGGGAGGAAUGGGGAUGGGGAUGGGGAGGACAGGGGGGAAUGA